AUUCCAUGGCUUUACCAUUACUCCAAGCUCUUUCAAAAUCACUGAGAAAGUCAUGGAAGGUUUCAAGGUUCUUCACCUCAUUGCAAUACUAUCAACCCUUUCGAUGGUUUCGGUUAAUGGACAGAUUUCUACAGCCUGCACUGCCUCAAUGAUCUCCAGCUUCACCCCAUGCUUAAAUUUUAUUACUGGGAGCAGUGGGAAUGGCUCAUCAUCACCAACACAAGGCUGUUGUGGUUCAUUGAAGUCGCUUAUGAGCACUAGCAUGGAUUGUGCUUGUCUUAUUAUUACUGCUAGUGUACCUUUUCAAUUGCCCAUAAAUAGAACCCUGGCACUUAGUCUGCCUCGAGCUUGUAACAUGGGUGGUGUACCAGUGCAGUGUAAAGCUUCUGGCACUCCUCUACCAGCUCCAGGCCCUGUUCCCUUUCUACUUCCACCAACUUUGGCACCAGCAGCCGCAUCUCCCUUAAGUCCAGGAGCUUCCGAAGCUUCAACACCAGAAUCUGAUACUCCCCUGGACCUAGCACCUGCAUCGCCACCAGAAGCUCCCUCGGCCACAAUGAAUCCUGGGAUUAGACCAGUAUUACAGCCAUCGGCAUCUACUCCAUCUUACGUUUCCCUUCCAUUGGCAUUCACACUAUUGAUUGGUACCACAAUUUUCAAGUUCAAUUAAAGUCCAAAUUGUGUUCUGCAUUAUUUGUUGUUUUAAAGUCCCUUUCUCUGUAUGUGAGUUUAUUUGACAUUCAUUUGAAUUGUAUCUUCAACAUUAAAUAAAUAUAUUUAGCAUUAAGGAA